CUCGUAAAAAUAAAAUUUUUGACCCAAAAUACAAGCAAAACAACCCGAAUUAACAAGCUGGCUUUUGUAUUUCGUCGGAGUUCUUCCCGCUAAUGGAAUGUCCGCAUUUAGAGAAAGCGGUCCAGAUCGACGUUUCGCUUGUAGAGAAGUUACAACGGGACAUACAGCUGUGGUCUUGUUCAGCGUGCAAGACUACUAAAAGCCCCUGGAUUUGCCUAAAGUGUGGUGUUGUGAAUUGUGGAAGGUAUGUGAGUGGACAUGGUAAAGCACAUUAUGAAAGCAAUUCAACACAUAGCGUUUGUUUGGAUCAGAAUUUAGCUGUUUUCUGUUACAUAUGUGAUGAGUUCAUAAUAAAUGAUACAAAAUCAGGAAAAAUUGAACUUUAUCGUGAAGCUCUCAGGGCAAAGACGGGAAGAAGUCCUUGCAAAAAAAGACUUUCUUCUGAGGAUAAUGUGCCUAGUUCAAAUAAAUCUUCAAAACUUGAUGAUCAAGAAAAUUUGAAGAAGGGUGGUCGACCUCAAUAUCUAGCUGGUCUUAGAAAUCUUGGUAAUACAUGUUUUAUGAACGCUGUACUACAAUCUCUAAGCAAUAUCCCACCAUUCACUUGCUACUUCAAAGAACUUCCCGCCAUUGAUUUGCGGAGCGAAGACGCGUGUGCAAAGCAACGAUAUUACACGCGUAGCUUCAGGAUGAAGAACAUUGACGAUGUGUCUCUAGUGGAAGAACUAAGGAAGAUUUUAUGCGCAUUGUGGCAGGGUCAAAGUGGUCCCAUUUCUCCGGAAACGUUAUUUUCAGUCGUUUGGCGCGUGGUUCCAAGAUUCAGGGGCUACCAACAGCAAGAUGCGCAUGAAUUCAUGCAUUACCUGCUGGACAGGGUACAUAACGAACUGUUGCUCACAAAAAUGGCUUGCAAUGGCAAGAAUACGAUAGUCACUGGGAUAUUUGGAGGCAUUUUGGAAAGUCAAGUAAACUGCUCCAGGUGUGGGAAUGAAUCAAGAAAACUAGAUCCAUUUUUAGAUCUUUCACUCGAUAUUCCGGAAGAAUUUCAGUCACGCAAAACAAGACUGUUCGAUGGUCCAGCAUGUCAUUUAAAAGAUUGUCUGGAUAGUUUCACUAAGGUGGAGGAACUGCAGGAGAGCGAGCAAUAUUUCUGUCCACGUUGCAAGAAACGACAGAUUUCAACGAAGAAACUCACUAUAAAAAGACUUCCAAAUGUUCUCUGUCUCCAUCUAAAGCGCUUCAAGUUUGUCUCAUUUCAUCGUAGCAAGGUCGACACAACAGUCGAGUUUCCAUUAGAAAAUUUAGAUAUGAGUGACUAUGUUCUACCUGGCGUGAGAGAUAGUGGUGAUGACAAUGUAUGUACGUAUAAUUUGGCAGCCGUUAUCGUUCACCAUGGCAGUGGCGUAAAUUCUGGACACUACACGUCCCUCGCGUGGCAUGAUGGUAAAUGGUACAACUUCAACGACAGUUCCGUUUUACCUUCGGAUGAAAAGCACGUGGAGUCCGUUAAAGGAUAUAUUUUCUUCUAUACGAAAUCUAAACCAGACAAUUCCAUUAUUGAAAAACUAACACCUUUAAGCUGAAAUAGGCACAUCUUAAACUUUGUAAAUACGUAUAUAUAUAGCUUCACUGUUUCAUUGUAAAUACCAAAAAAAAAUCGGUAUAAUAUGAAUACAAUUGAAAACAUUCACAUUCCGAAUUCCUCUUCACCAAUUGUAAAAUUUUCUUAGAUUUCACAUUUAUAUAGUUACGUUAAAUUUAUAUUCUAUUUUUGUAAAAAGUAUUGUUUUAUUUGUGUUGAAAAUUCG